AUGGCCUUGUCGCCACCUUCGCCACCAACGACAAAAGGAUGGACGCCAGAAUGUCUGGUUUCACUUGGGCCAAGGAUGAAGCAUGUUCCGCGCUUUUCCGCCGUUGCUGACCAUAAACGCCUCAACGAGAUUAUUAAGGAAUAUGAAGGGAAAGGCGUGCCGUUGAUCAUUCAAGAUUGGCAUCGGACGCCUCUUUGGCCCGGGGAUAAGCUAUUUGGCUUCGAUUGGUUGUUCAACCAUGGUGAACAAAUGAUGUCUGUGCGAGACUGUGUAACGCGUCGGGAUAAAGAUAUCCCCUUUCAAGAGUUUAUCGAGAAGAACAGAGCGAUUUCCGAGUAUGUGAGCGAAGGCGAGUCAGAAAGGCUAUACGGUAAAGAUGCAGUCUGCCCUAAGGAAUGGAAGGAUUGGUUACUGGACAGUGCAAUCCCUGAAGUCCUGAAGCUAGGAAGUGCUGAGGAUGUACUUGAACUACUGCCUAAACCCGAACGCGUUGAAACACUCAUGUGUUACUACGGCAUAGGGGACACGUUCACUGCGGCGCAUAAGGAUCUAUGCGCGUCCUCGGGACAAAACCUUAUGUGCAGCGCCGAGCGUGACGGAUCAGCAUUUUGGUUCAUGACGCAGUCCUCCGAUGCGCCCCGCGCUGCAGCGUACUUUCAGAAGCUCGGAACAGAACUGGACCAUGAAUCGCACGUUGCAACUCCUGAAGAAUUUGCGAAAGCACCGUUUACUGUGUACGUCGCUGAGCAACGUGUUGGCGACCUUGUUCUCGUUCCUAGACGGUCAUGCCACCAAGUCGUUAACCACGGUGGACUUACUGCGAAGAUGUCUUGGUCAAGAAUGACAAUUGAGGGUCUCGUCACUGCAUUUCAUCAUGAGCUACCGAUUUACAGAAGGGUCUGUCGCGCCGAGACAUACCGGGUCCGGUUGACCGUGUACCGAGCUCUUUUGGAAUAUAUUCCCCAGCUUGAG